AUGUAUUGGUGGCAAAUAAUAUAAGUAGAAGUAAUUUACCUAAUAAAUGAGGAGAUAGUUUGCAUUACCAAGAACCAAUAGAUCACAACGUUUACAACUCCGAUCGGACCCAAGUGCAAAGAAAGAGCCUUUUGGGCCACCCUAUGGCUACCCUACUGUUUUCCCUGCCUACAAAUUGGACCACAUCCCACACCACCCCUGACAACAACUGAUGGACCUCCCGCAGCACCGCCCCUCCCCGACUAUCCCAACAUCUGAUGAGUUAAAUUUCUGAAUGAAUACUUAGAGCAUCGCCAUGUAGGGCUGGUAAUCGAUCGGUACCCGACAUACCGGAUACCGAUUAACUGGUAUUCGGUAUACCGGAAACAUACAGUGUACCCACCGAAUACCGAUACCGAAUGUGUUGUUCAUGCGCUUCUUAGGCACCACCUUUUUCUAGUGUGUUGUUAUUAUACUUGAGAUUUUAUCCUAUUUGUUUUGCACGAGUAUUGACACCACAACAUUGUUUGUUUUUAUAUUUUGAUAAUGAUUUGUGGAGCUAGUAUAUUUGAUUUGUAAUUUUGAAAGUAAUUCAUUUGGUGUUAAUACUGAUACUGAACAAAAUUUUAGAGAUUGGCAGGGAAGGAGCCAGAAAUUUCGAUAAGGGGAGGCCAGUAAAAAAAUUUCAUAGUGAAGUUAAAAAACCUAUAAGUUGUUAGAAUAUAAUUUUAUAUCCAUUUUUAAUAUCUUUAAAAAUCAUCCAAAUUACGAAAUACAUUAAAUGGUCAUUACAAUAUUCUCAUUCAACAUUAAUUACAUAUAUAGUAGAAUUUUAAUUGGUAGAAUGCAGUUAGUACUGGUAUGUAAACAUUAUUAUAUAUAAAUGGAUUGAAAACAAAAACAAAAAACAAGAAGAGGGAUCGAUUGGCAAUAAAGAAUGGAGACAUUGGUGAAAAAGAACUUUUGUCGCUAAGACCACGAUUGAACUUUUUCGAUUUUUUCAUACAAUUCGAAAAUUUUGGGUAAAUUUUGAUUUUGAAAUUGUUUGCCUGAAUUAGUGAAUUUCUAGAAGCAACUGUAGGCCCGCUCGAUCCAUGUCACCCCAAAUACAACUAUCCAUUUUGGACUCAUCCUGGCUGUUGAUGUAGCUUGCGUCUCAUCCUGGCCGUUGGGAGGAAUCGAUCCUAUUUAAUACGAGAAAUCCAAUCAUAUGCCGCCACGUGGAUGGGCGAUCAUCUAUAUAUAAUGCACAUUCUGUUUGCUGGUUGGUAGGGAGCAGAGUCAAAAAGCGUCUCAUUCUCCUGCCUGCGAGAAAAAAGAUUUAAAAAAUCCUCUCUCUCUCUCCACCGUCUUUCCCUUUUCUCCCCCUCCUCCGCCAUGGUCAACCCAUUCGAGCUUUUUCGCAAAUAUCAAUAUGAAAAAUACUAUUCCUGGUUGAUUUUGGCUGUAGCUGCUGGUUUGGUGAUGGGAUACUUUAGCGCGGAAAACCAUGUGGCGACCUGGGUAUGCGUGGUGAUAUUUUUCCAUUUCCUUGCUUGCUGGGCGAAAGUUGCUUACCACGGGAGAUGGUGGCGGCUGACCGGGAUGACACCGCACCUGCUGACUUGGAUUGGCCAGGCUACUCUCCAGUGUUUGGGCAUCGCGUUUGCUGUGGCGCUAGGCAUAGUUGUCACGAAAGAAGGGCUGAACCCGAUGUUUGUGCUUGGCUACACGGUGUAUGCCUUCAGCAUCUCUCGCUUUCUGAUGUUCAGGACGAGGUUUGAUUUCACGAGUGCUUGGAUCUGCACGGCGGCCAGUGUUGCUUGGAGUCUUGUAGCUGCGGGGAGUGAUGAGACUAAGUGCGAGUGCAAGGAGGAGGAGAAGAGCCUUGACGAUCACGAGGACAAGAGUCUGAAGAUUGUCUUUGCGCUGCUGAUCUCUGGCGUACUAAUAGCGUUGAUUUUUGCAGCGAAAUUUCUCGACGAGUACCGUCCGGCCGACGAUGCUGCUUACGACAAGGGCAGGAGGGGUCAUUAUGGAUUCCAGGACCGACCAGACGAUGCUCCUCCUCCUCCUGGGUUGAUUCUGCAGCCAGCUGUGAAUUUGCCGGUCGAGAAACCCCCGACGGAAGGUGCCAGUGAUGAUGAGGAGGAUGCCCAGACGGAUCUGGAGAAGCAAAGCGUUGACCAACAGCCUCUGCCUCAGCCUCAGCCUCAGCCUGAUCCUCGUGGUUUUGGUAAUCUCACACGUCGAUCGUCUUCCCGGGAGAUUGCGAGCUCUUCGUCCUCUGCCCAGGAUAUCAGGGACAGGGAGGAUGAGCCUUUUUCAUCGCCUACUGGUUCCACCAAAUCCGCUGGCAAGGGCAAGGAGCUUUAAUUGUUUUGGGCGUUUGGGUCUGGGUCUGGGUCUCUAGGUGGUGUGGUGUGGUGCGGGGAUCAAAUCACAGCUAGCUUUGAUUAUUAUGUUGUUUGAUUAGGUAUAUAUAUAUAGCAGCAGCAGCAGCAGCAGCUCAUAGGAGGAUUUGGGGGCUUUUCUUUUCAGAGGAGGAAAGAUCCUACUUCCAUUGCUGUAGUACCUUUACUUUUCCAGGGAUAUUUUUAUUCCUCUUGUUAUCUAUCUAUCUUCAGUAGAUAAUUAAUGAUUAUAAUAAAAUAGAAAUAAUUAA